CUUUCCGGCACCCUGUGAGUCCGGAGCCGAAAACAACAAGGACCAACUUUUAGGCCACGCUUUGUUUCCGAAGAUGGGGAAAUGCCCUGCGAAUCUAGAGAAUCGUUCCCUUCAGGAAACGGGCUGGGCGGGGACUGAAGGGAGCGGGAUAGACUAUGGCGCCCUUGGCGAGGGAGUGGGGGAGAGCAGGUCCAAAUAUUCUUGGAUUCCGAGCCCCCAGUCACCCGCUUCUGCGGGAACCCCUGGUAUCCUUGUCUUGCCCUGCGGGGUAUCUUGUCUCUACAUCCCUGAUUGUGUUUCCUCUCUCCCGCUUACCCCCGUCUUGCAUUUCCUGUUUUGGGUUAACCCAGGUUAGCUUUAUGCAGGACAGACAAAAAUGUACAGUAGGCAGUGAUUCGACUCACGAUAAUGGCAUAUUCAUCGCGUUUUCUGUGUUGGGAUAGCCGGCAUCUGCUUUGCUUUGUUUUAAGGGGAAGGAUUCAUUUUGGAAAUGUUUUCUUUCGGAAAUGUCUUCCCACACACUUGGACGUGCCCCUCUCCGAUUAACUCAGCCUGGAGUGGACUCGACCUUUGCAUUUGGGGGAGGGAUCCUUUCCCUCCCUUCCCCUUUAGCUGAGUGCCACAAAACUGCCUUCUUGAGGUCUACCAUGGAGGAAUCACUGUCAGAUCUGGAGCCCCCACUGAGUCAGGAAACCUUCUCAGACCUAUGGAAAUUACAAUGGAACAAUUUACCAGAUGAUUUGUCGAACAUAGAUGAUAUACAGUUUGCCUCUCCAGAUAGUAUAAACUGGCUGGAAAAUGAGGAAGAAAAUCCUGGAUUUCAGGUGUCUUUGCCCCCAGUUAACCUGCCAACAUCAUCUACUGUUCCAUCCCAAAAGGACUAUCCUGGAGAUUAUGGUUUCAGACUUGGAUUUCUACAAUCUGGAACAGCCAAGUCUGUCACCUGCACGUACUCCCCUGAACUAAACAAGCUAUUUUGCCAGCUGGCCAAGACCUGCCCUGUCCAGCUGUGGGUCACUUCACCACCACCUGCUGGUGCCCGAGUCCGUGCUAUGGCUAUUUAUAAGAAGUCAGAACAUAUGACUGAGGUGGUUAAGCGCUGUCCCCACCAUGAAAGAUGUACUGAGCACAAAGAUGCCUUGGCACCCCCACAGCACCUGAUUCGAGUGGAAGGAAACCUACGGGCCGAAUACCUUAGUGAUCUCACCACCAAGCGACAGAGUGUGUCCGUCCCUUAUGAGUCCCCAGAGGUUGGGUGUGAUUAUACUACAGUCCAUUACAACUAUAUGUGCAACAGUUCCUGCAUGGGAGGCAUGAACCGGCGUCCAAUCCUCACUAUCAUAACUCUAGAAGACUCCAGUGGUCAGCUUCUUGGACGUCGGAGCUUUGAAGUACGUGUAUGUGCCUGUCCUGGAAGAGACCGACGAACUGAAGAGGAAAAUUUCCGGAAGAAGGGAGGUCACAAUCCACAGCCAUCCUCUGAGAGCAAUAAACGUGCAUUGCCUACAACUCCUAGCAGCACUCCCAAGACUAAAAAGAAGUUAAUGGAUGGAGAAUAUUUCACCCUCCAGAUUCGAGGUCGACACCGCUACGAGCUACUUCGAGAGCUGAAUGAAGCCUUGGAACUAAAAGAAGCUCAUAGUGGGAAAGACCCUGAAGGGAACUGUCCCCACCGCAGUCAAUUGAAGUCCAAGAGAGGAGAUUCUACCCCCUGUCAAGGCAAAAGACUUUUGGUGAAAAGUGAAGUUGCUGACUCUGACUGAGGCUUCGUAGCAUCCCCAAGACGCUUUGUAACCUUUCUUCACUUCCCAAUCUUAAAAUUCCCAAAACCUCUUUUCCAACUUCUCUAAUCUCUUGAAUAUCAAACUUUUCUGUUCAGUUCAUGACCUUGCUCCUACAAUUAGGAAGAACUGAGAACAGAAACAGCAUUUUAUUUCCGUUCUGCAAUAUUUCUUUUUCCAUUUUGACAUCUGGAAUAAAAUAUAAGCCCAGGAGUUAGUUUUUAUUUUCCCCAACCCCUUUUUUUAAAUCUUUUUUACAUAAUUUCUUAUUUUCAAAUAAAGAGUUAAUGCUA